CGCAACCAAUGAUGAGACUAUACAAUCAAUAACGCGCUAUCAAACACUACAAACCUGGUUGUUUUUCAACAACGAUGCUUUUUGACACAGUCCAACCCUGCUUUUUCUUCUGCAGGUGUCUGUGUCCGUGUCCGGUACUCCUCUUUUCUUCCUUUUCCUCACUUUCCCCACACCCAUAACCUCUCACUGACAUGGCCGAUUCCAAAGUUGAAACCAUUUCCCGAUUAGCCCAAUGGAGAAUCGACAACUUUGGACCCUGCUCCUACAAAAAAUCCGACCCUUUCAAGCUCGGAAUUUGGAACUGGUACAUUUCCAUAGAACGGAACAGGUACCUCUACAUACACAUCUUUCCUGAGCCUUCUCGGCUUUCCAAGGAACAGCCGCCUGUAGCUCGCUUCAUCCUACGAGUCUCCAACAACUCUGGCCCUACCCGCAAGUUUUACAUCUCCCCUGGUCUGUGCCACACUGCUACUCCCUUGUUCCCUCUCCUCUUUAAUAGUCAAAAUUUUGAAUUGGGGUUUUUGCUUUCUGCUAUUCAAUCUUAAUGUUUAGACCAACAUGGUGUGCAAUAUGUUUGUCAAAUAAUAAUUGAUUUUCAAAUGUCUAUGAAAUAACAUCAGUUGUGAGAACGUAGUUUCUUAAAUGAUUUUUAAUACGUCGAGGAACUAGUCUGUGAUGUGAAAGAUUACUAUUUGACUAUCGGCCGAAGAUACCCUCUGUACCCCAAAACUCUUAAUAUUGAGAUAGGGAGUGGUUCAAUCUAUUUCCAUGUCGGUGUGUUUGGAAUAACAUAUGUUGGGAGAAGGGAGCUUCUUAAAUUGGUUUUCUGACCAAAAGAAUUAGUCUUUGAUACGUGGUUCUCAGCUGAAGAUAUCUUGGGUGCCAAACCAAAUCUUCAUAUUAAAAUACUGAGACUUUAUUGAUCAUGUGAAAAUAUUUGAUCCUAUGUCAUAUGAGUAUCCAUGUGUGUUGUAUGUUUUGGGAGUGAAACAGACGGAAGAUGGAUGUUGAUUACAAAAGAUAUGGCAGAAUAUUUGAUGGAGACUAUACCUGUAGACUAAGAUUUUAGAUUCCGAUUUUCCUUACUUAGUAGUUAUUAUUGUGUGGCUAUUAUCAAGAAAUCAAGUCCUUGGUUAAGUGAGUUGAGACUCCUAAGAUAAAACAGGUUGUAAAGAUUGGUUCAUUAUUAUUGAAUAUAGUAAAAAUGAGGUAUAAGAUUAAUCUCCGCUUCUGUAAAAAAGUACAUAUAGGAUAUUAUAUUUAUAAUAAUGAAAAUAUGGGUUAAGUCCAAAAUA